AUGGCAUCCUGGACCCAUGAAGAAGAACUUGCCCUAGUCACAAGCGUCGUUGACGCUAUGAAGGGGCGGCCACCGGGCCAAACAAAAUAUUGGCCGGAAGCUUUUGCGGCCUACCGACUAAACGUCGAUAACGACCGCCACAACAAAAGGCGGGGUUUUUCCCUCUCUCCCCAUGGUCACUUUUGCCCAAUCUCCCCCCAAAUUCACAUUUACAGCAAACACUACCAACCUCCAAAAUCACACUACGAGCUCCAAUAUCACCACCGUACGAAACCCCACCGGACAAAUCUCCACCGGACGACCACCGUACGACAACCAGACGAAGCUUUUGUUCCCACCAUCGAACGAACCCCCUUAAGAUUAAAGGGUGUUUGUUAUAUUACACUAACUCAAUAUGAUAUUGAAGAUGUUCAAGAACACUGCAAUAAUCUAUUUUCCCAGCAAGAGAUAGUUUCUUUGUAUAAAAGAUUUUGUCAACUCGACCGCAAUGCCAAGGGAUUCAUUUCUGCUGAUGAGUUUCUUUCGGUACCCGAAUUUGCAAUGAAUCCUCUGUCUCAGAGAUUGCUUAAGAUGGUGGAUGGUUUGAACUUUAAGGACUUUGUGAUAUUCUUGUCAGCUUUUAAUCCUAAAGCAAGCAUACCCCAGAAGAUUGAACUUGAUGUCGUGUUCAUUAUAUAUCAUGAAAUGUGAAAAGAGAUUGAAGAGGAACAUGCAAGAAAAAAAAGAGUUGAGCUUAAAGCUAUGUUAAAGAUAUUGACGGCCACCGACGAAACUUGGUGCAGACACGAAGUAGGCUACGAAUGAAGAAAUAGAAAAGACAAGGAAGGAGAUGCCUUUUUUUAAAGGGCAAGGUGUUUCUUGGUUUAAUUGUAGUUUUUUUUUAUGGAUAGUAAUAUAGUUUUGAAUAGAUAAGUAAUGACUGUUAUUUUACCCGUGUAAACUUUCGGGUUGAAUGUGUAUUGGGUCGAUUUGAGUAUGUUCGGCUUAUUAUGUUGAAUAUAUAUAUGAAUUGAUUGUUUGAAAUU